GGCGUUCGUUCCAAAAACUCCCAAGGGAAUUUUUAACGACGCGCCUUUCGUCUAAGCAGAAUUAAACUCACGGCUGGCUCCGCUUCAACUUGGUCUCCCAUUUCUGGUAGAUGCAACCUACGGCGACCGGCAUACCUGAGUACUGGCCUAUGCCGAUGGUUGGAUUCCGUGAGGUGGUCCGGGUUCGCCUUUCAUCCCUUCCUUCGGGAUCGCGAGUGCAAGCACGGACCGGCGUUGGACCUUAGGAAUCGUUGGGAAGCCCAAUAACAGGAGCUCUGAGCUCCCGCCAAGCACUCGCAAUGAGUGUCCAGGAUGCCGUUGACGCCUCGGAGCACUACGAGGUCUAUAAUACGGGGACUAUCCCAUCUCUGUGCACCAUUAUCAUUGAUACCAAUCCCCGUGCCUGGGCUGCUCUUGCCCAAGUGCUACCUAUAUCGAAGGCCAUCGCGAGCGUCCUCGUCUAUGUCAACGCCCAUUUGGCAUUCAAUAAUGCGAACCAAGUCGCCAUCAUAGCCUCGCACAGCAACAGGGCCGUCUGGCUCUACCCGUCACCACCCAAACCCCAGCCGCCAACCGCAUCAGAAGAAGACGUCGAUAUGACCGAUGUCGAUGCCAACAAUCCCGGGCAGAGCGGUAUUCCAGCCACGACCUCGACCGCUUAUCACUCCGCCAACAAAUACCCCCAAUUCGCCGCCAUCGAGAGCUCCCUCCUCACCUCCCUCCGCUUCCUCGUCGACGGUACCACGGUCACAGACCUCACCCCAGCAACCACCCAAAUCUCGGGAGCCUUAACCCUCGCCCUCGCCCACAUUAACAAGACCUCCCUCUCCCUCUCCGCAGCCAACACAACCGCCACCGGCGCCGCCUCCACGGGGCCGAAAUCCUCGACGGCCGGCGGCCUGUCGGGCCUGCACGCGCGCAUCCUCAUCCUGUCCGUGUCCGACAGCGCACCGGCGCAGUACAUCCCGACCAUGAACGCCGUCUUCGCGGCCGCCCACGCCCACAUCGCCAUCGACACCCUCGCCCUGCGCGGCACCGCCACCUUCCUGCACCAGGCCAGCUUCAUUACCCGCGGCACCUUCAUCCGUGCCGAGAACCCCCAGGGCCUGCUGACCUACCUCAUGUUCGGCUUCGGCAGCGGUAGCGCCGCGCCCGCGGGCCCCGACCCGGCGACGGGGAGGCCGGACGGCGGCGGCGGGGAGACCGGGAACGUGGCGGACCUGCUGGUGGCGCCGAGCGCCGACCUGGUGGACUUCCGGGCGGCGUGCUUCUGCCACCGCCGCGUCGUCGACACGGGGUUCGUGUGCAGCAUCUGCCUCAGCAUCUUCUGCGAGGUGCCCGAGGGGGCCGAGUGCCUCACCUGCGGCACCAAGCUCGCGCUCGGCAGCUACGGCGCCAAGCCCGCUGUCGUGCCGAGGGUCAGGCGCAAGAAGAAGAGGAAGAUGGGCGCCAACGGCGAGGUCAGGGAGGAGACGGGGAGCGCCGCGGCGACGCCCAUGGGGUGACUGGGCUGGGUCCAGGAGAGGCCAAAUAAAAGUUGGACGGGAUAUACGGAGUCUGGCAUUGCGUCGGCGUCGCUGUGUGCCUCGCUGUAUAUUGUUGGGGCGGAGUUCCCAAGACCUGGCAAAGUGUUCCAGGAUCAUGGAUGGCGUUUGAUAAGUACGACUGGAUAGUGGGGCGUAUUCCCCCCAAGUUAACUCAAAAAGUUCAUAAUCGCGAAUAGACGCGUUGCUUAAAGGUCUCUUUCAUUGGUAAUUGUAUUGGUGAUUGAUUAGGUCUGUCCCUUGAAGGAAUCAGGGUAAUACUAGGUACCUAGUCUAGGACUCGAGGUGGGUAG